AUGGUUGUAGAUGCAAACACGUUGAAUCAAGUUAAUUCUAGAAAUAUAGACAUUGUGGAGUGGCAACAGUUGAUCUACGAGCUUACUGGUUGGGCACCCGGUCAGGAUUGUUUUAACAGUGUUAGUAGGUUGGAAGUAAAUAAAUUAGUUGAAUAUAUGAGAGGCUUAAAUGUCAUUAUAUACCAGACCCCAGAAAUUGAUGUGCAAAAGAGGGUUAGGUUGUACUUGCUAUGGCUCUAUGGCGGCACGAUAUUUCCGGAUAAGUCGGGUGACUUAUUUAAUUUAGACUAUUUGCUUGACAUGCGUGACCUUAACGCAAUGAGUACACAAGCUUGGGGAGCGACUGCAUUGUCAUAUUUGUAUACUUGUCUGUGUCGCGCUUCGAUGAAAAAGGCCAAGGAUGUGUGUGCAUUAAUUUCCUUAUUGCAGGCUUGGGAGCGAAUUAUAUCGAUGCAGCCACCACCCAGGGCUCUUCAGCCACACACGACUCUUGUACGAAAGUGGACUCAUCGUAAAGCCCACGAAAAUGAGGCACGUGAUGUGCUAGCCAUAUGUAGGGAUGCUUUAAGACAUCACGAAUCGUACAGGUUGGCUUACGAGACUAUCCAAGAUCCAACUAUGUCUAAUGAAAUGAAGGAAUUAGCAGAGAAGUUUAGCCACAUUAAUACAGAGUCUAUGGCUGCUGCUUUCUGGGCACGAUGUUGA